CGGAGGAGCAGCGAGGACCAGGGCGGGGAGCCCUUCGCCGGCUCUCGCCCGAGAUGCUGCCAGGGGCUGAGCCCCCCGCCCCGCUCCUCGGCUGCCCAAGGAGAUGCCCGCUGGCCCCUCUGGGCACCGCCAAGGGACAGCGGCCCUGAGCCCCCAGCCCCGAUAGCGCAGGAAGCGCAGAGAGGAGCCGGGGCCAGACCCGCCCGGACUGGAGGAGACGGGGGCACCAGAGGCUGCUGCGGACCUGCUGCCCUCCAGGAAACCAUCGUGGGGGUUUAGGUGCAUUCUUCAUACCCCCUCACUUCCCACUGCAGGCAUCCCCGGAGCAGGCCUGGGUGCAUCUGCUUCCUUGGAUGCACCUGGGUAGAGCUCCCCCGCGUCCCGCAGAAGAGGUGGCUGCUGCUGACGCCAGGAUCCAAGCCGCCCCAUCGGGGGGGGGCCCAGGCAGGAGCAGGGCAGGUGAAGCCUGAGGAUCACAGGGCAGAGAGUGGGGGGGUAACCCAGGACCAGGAUCCCCAGGCACCAAUCCCCCUUGAGCCAUGCUGAUGCCCCCUCUGAGCCACCUCCCCCUCACUCCCUAGCCCGAGGCCUCCCAUUGCUGGCAGCCAGGACAGGGACCCCCCCUUUACCGUUCCCACCACCCCUACCCGGCAGCCCCCAGAGGUGCGUAUCGUAGUGCAAAGCAGCAGCCCAGCCAGCGGUCUCCAACAAGCCCUAUCCUUGGAUGCCCCCCGGAGCGUUACCUGGCUUGGUGGCGGGGGAGGCGAGAGUGUGGCUGGGGCUCCCUGGCGGUGGGGGACGUUAAGAUGGUGAAAGCUCCCCGGCCGAGAGCGGCUCCGCGGACUCCAGGCCACCAGGCUGGGGGGCAGCAGCAUGGACAGCGCCGCCUCGCCUGGGCACCCCAGCAGCUGGUGAAGGAUGAACGCGCGGGGCUCGCAGGACACGCAGCCCAGUGACGACCCCGGCAGCGGCAGCAGCAGCAGGAGCCACAGCGAGAGGGAGCGGAUCCGGAGCCGUAUGAAAAUGGUGAUUGGGCAGCUGGAAGGGAUCCUGCAGGAGCUCAAGGAGGUGGCCAAGGAGCUCCGCGAGGUGGUGAGCCAGAUCGACAAGCUGACCUCUGAUUUUGAGUUUGAGCUUGAACCGGAUGACUGGACCACCGCGACCGUGAGCAGCACAUCCAGCAGCGAGAAAGGGGGCGGCACGUUCGACCUCGGGCAGCUGGAUUUCAUGACCUCGGACAUCCUCUCUGACAGCUGGGAGUUCUGCUCCUUCGUGGAGGUGUCCACCCCCUCGGACUCUGGGGACGGCUCGGAGCAACAGCAGCAGCAGCAGCAGCAGCAGCAGGGCCGUCAGCCUGACUACAGACUCAUGAACGGUGGGGUGCUGAUCCCCAACGGACCCCGGGUAGAGACACCUGACUCCUCUAGCGAGGAGGCCUUCAGCUCUGUCCCCAACCACAAAACCCACUCCCAGAGGACACCAGGCACAAGGGAGCGCGUCCGCUUCAGUGACAAGGUGCUCUACCACGCCUUGUGCUGUGACGAUGAUGAGGACGGUGGCAGUGAGGAAGGCAACAGCGGGCCACCGCCCUCCGAGGACGUUCAGGAGGAGCCCAGCGAGGCAGGACACAAGCCACCAGCAGGACCUGCCUCCAAGGUGCCCCCGUCAUCCCUCCGGCACCCCCCUCACCUCAGCGCCGCGCAGCAACGCAAGUUGACGCGGAACAGCAGCACUCAGACAGUGUCGGACAAGAGCACCCAGACGGUGCUGCCGUACGUGUCGGCCAAGCAGAAAAUCAAAGGCAAAAACUGAGGAGAGGGCACAAUCAGAGUGAUGGGACCAACUGGAGCAGGGAAACGAGGGGAUGGGGUGGGAGGGACA